AUGUCUUCGAAUAAUAUGAACACCAUAAAAACCACGAACACAAACACCACCAACUCCAACGACCGUUUUUCUAGUUGGGUUCUCGGAUCGGACCCCAUGGAUGAAUCAAGCAUUUUUGGAGGAUCGUAUUUUUUGGAGGAAUACGAUCAAGAUGCCGGGGCAGCAAGUGAAGACACAUUCGGUUUCGACCAGGAACCACCACAAAGACAGGAAUAUUCACAAGGAAACGGACAAUUCCGCGGUGGAAGUCUAUUAUCCGAGAUUCUUUCUUGUGAAAUCAUGGAAAGAAUCUUGGGCGUGAGGUUGCUCAAAACCGAGAUGGAGAUCGGUUACUCUUUCAUAAAUCAACCAAUGACCGACUACCUGGUCUCCUUCCACCACCCAUGUUAUCACACCUCCCUAUCGAUAGAAAAAGUUGAGUGGCAUAAACUCGUCCACGAGAAAUAUCGCAGACGAAAGGAUAUGGAAACAGAUAUUGCACGUGUGGUGCCCCAGUGGGAAGGUGGCGAAUAUAGUGAGGAGGGUGCACUCGAGGAUGGACGAGGAGUAUAA